GGGGUUCGGGCGCGGGGCUGGUGCAGGACCUAGGCAUGGUGCCUUCCAGAGGUUGCUGAAGGCUGGGCCGGCCAAGCCCUAGCUGCAACCGGAUUCUGGCUUUCUGAUCCGCAAUUUCAGAGCCAGCUGGAGGAAGUGCUGCCCAAGAAUACGGAAUUGCGGGCGCGUGCGCGCGAGUGGUGAUGCGGCCGAGUGGAUGCCUUUGUGUCUUAUGCGCUCUCGCGCAGGUGGGCCGCCCGCACUCGGAAAUACUUUGCCUGUGUGCAUCGGCACCUCGAGUCGUGCUUUCCGUGUUCGAGGGCUCGGAACCACCCUUUUGGGCACACAACAGACCUUUCUUGCAGUUGCACCUCUGGUCUAGGGGUGGUUUAUUUGGACGACGCUAACGGGACUUUCUAAGGACCUCUAUCUUAGAGCCGGGCAUCAGAGUUGAGUUGCACGCGUUUUCUUUUCUCGGUCAGGAGGAAGAGGAGACCUGGGGACAGUGGUUGUCCCUGGUUGAUAGGUACAUGCAAGUGUCCCAAGGCUGCAGGUCCCGCAUUAGACAACAAAGAGAGGCGUUAGCGGCAGCGGGGGCGGGGCGCGGCCGGCAGGAGGACGCGCGGGCUGCGGCGAGUUGGGGGCGCUCGCGCUCCGCUCGCUCACUCCGCGGCCUCCGCCCGCCCCCAGCCCUGCGCGCGCCAAUCGCCUCCCCCAGCGAUAGUGUCAGUAGCUUUGUAGUGUCAGCUCCCGCCGGUGACGUUGCGCCUCCCUCGUCCCCCUCCAGAGCCGUCUGGCUGCAGAGGCUCAGUCAAGAGGCGGGGAGCAGAGAAGGAAAAAGCGCUGAUUGAGGGCGGGAGGGAGGGAGUGGAGGAGCCGGGGAGGGGCUCCUUAAAGAAACGCUGCUGUCGCUCGCCUGCUCGCUUCUCUCUCGGCAUUGUGGCCAGCCAGCCGGGCACUCGGGGGGCGCGCACGGCUGCCACUCGAGUUCUGCCCCCGCCCCACCCGCCAGCAGACCUGGGGUGGGGACCCAGGCGGGGGCUCCCGCAGCCACUGCCCGGCGCAGACCGCACGGAGCGACCCACUCCUUCCGGUGCCAAGAAAGGAGCCACGGAACCCUCUGCAGCCGGCCGGCCUCCCCGCCCCUGACCGCUCGCUUCCCGGCUGCCUUUGUGGCCGAAGCUUCUGAACCGAGGGCCGGCGGGGGCGCGGCGCGCACGGCCGAACGAUGCCCAGCUCGCUGUUUGCAGACCUGGAGCGCAACGGCAGCGGAGGGGGAGGCGGCGGCGGCAGCGGGGUCGGAGGCGGCGGCGGCGGGGGAGAAACCCUGGACGACCAAAGAGCCCUGCAGCUCGCUCUGGACCAGCUCUCCCUCCUGGGGCUGGACAGUGAUGAGGGCGCCUCUCUGUACGACAGCGAACCGCGCAAGAAGAGCGUGAACAUGACCGAGUGCGUGCCGGUGCCCAGUUCGGAGCAUGUUGCCGAGAUCGUGGGGCGGCAAGGUUGUAAAAUUAAAGCGCUGCGGGCGAAGACCAACACUUACAUCAAGACCCCGGUUCGCGGGGAGGAGCCUGUCUUUGUUGUGACGGGCAGGAAGGAGGAUGUGGCCAUGGCUCGGAGGGAGAUUAUCUCCGCCGCCGAGCACUUCUCCAUGAUCCGCGCCUCGCGGAAUAAGAACACGGCGCUCAACGGUGCGGUGCCGGGCCCGCCCAACCUGCCCGGGCAGACCACCAUCCAGGUACGGGUGCCCUACCGCGUGGUGGGACUCGUGGUGGGGCCCAAAGGCGCCACGAUCAAGCGCAUCCAGCAGCAGACGCACACGUACAUCGUCACGCCCAGCCGCGACAAGGAGCCGGUGUUCGAGGUGACCGGCAUGCCCGAGAACGUGGACCGCGCCCGGGAGGAGAUCGAGGCGCACAUCGCCCUGCGCACGGGCGGCAUCAUCGAGCUCACCGACGAGAACGACUUCCACGCCAACGGCACGGACGUGGGCUUCGACCUGCUGCAUGGGUCCGGCGGGUCCGGCCCCGGCAGCCUGUGGAGCAAGCCCACCCCCAGCAUCACGCCCACCCCAGGCCGCAAGCCCUUCUCCAGCUACCGCAACGACAGCUCCAGCUCUCUCGGCAGCGCCUCCACCGACUCUUACUUCGGCGGGGGGACCGGCGGCAGCGCGGCAGCCACCCCGCGCUUGGCCGACUACAGCCCCCCGAGCCCCGCGCUCAGCUUUGCCCACAACGGCAACAACAACAACGGCAAUGGAUACGCCUACGCCGCCGGGGAGGCUUCGGUGCCUUCCCCCGACGGCUGUCCGGAGCUCCAGCCCACCUUCGACCCGGCUCCCGCCCCGCCGCCUGGGGCGCCCCUCCUCUGGGCCCAGUUCGAGCGGUCCCCGGGAGGCGGCCCCGCAGCGCCCGUGUCCUCUUCCUGCUCUUCCUCCGCGUCUUCAUCAGCUUCCUCCUCUUCCGUGGUCUUUCCCGGGGGCGGCGCCAGCGCGCCCUCCAACGCCAACCUGGGGCUGUUG